AUGCGCUUUGGAGCGCCACUUGUCAUGGCGGCUGUGAAGUGAAGUGCGCGUGCACGUUCCGUGUAACGGGACCGACACCGGGAUAAAAAGCUGGAUUUUUUUUUUCUAUAAACUUUUUGCGAGUAACUGUUUCAAUAAAACAUGGACAGCGACGACGACAACGUGGAGGAGGUUGUAGAAGGCCCACUAGAUGAUGACGAGCUCCCUCACGGCUUCUGUACCGUCACCUACUCCUCCAGCGACCGCUUCGAAGGCCAUUUUGUCCACGGAGAAAAAAAUGGAAAGGGCAAGUUCUUCUUUUUCGACGGCAGCACUCUAGAGGGCUUCUAUGUGGACGAUGCACUUCAGGGCCAGGGUGUGUACACUUACGAGGACGGUGGCGUGCUGCACGGCACCUAUGCGGAUGGAGAGCUCAACGGUCCCGCUCAGGAGUUUGACCCCGAGGGACGUCUCAUCUUCAAGGGCCAGUACAGGGACAACAUCCGCUGUGGCAUCUGCUGGAUUUACUACCCGGACCGAGGCUGUGUGGUGGGCGAGGUCAACGAGGACGGGGAGAUGACGGGCAAAGCGGUGGCGUACGUUUACCCCGACGGACACAUGGCUCUGCGCGGGACCUUUGUGGAUGGAGAGCUUAUCGAGGCCCAGCUGGCUACGCUGACGGAUCAGGAGAACGGCAGACCUCACUUCACCAUACAGCCCGACAGUCCUGUUUACCACUAUGACAAAUCCACUUCCUCCUGUAUCGCUGUUCACAAAUUACUGGCCGACCCGUACGAGAGCCAACGUGUGUAUGUGGGGCAGUCGCUCAUCUCCGGAGCAGGAGAAGGCCUGUUCACCAAAGUCGACGCGGAUGCCGAUACAGUCAUGGCCUUUUACAAUGGAGUGCGCAUCACACACGUGGAGGUGGAUGCCCGUGACUGGUCCCUAAAUGGAAACACCAUCUCACUAGAUGAGGACACGGUGAUUGAUGUUCCUGAACCCUUUAAUCAUACAGAGAAUUACUGUGCAUCGCUUGGACACAAAGCCAAUCACUCAUUUACCCCCAACUGCAAAUACGACCCGUUUGUCCAUCCUCGCUUCGGGCCAAUAAAAUGCAUCCGAACAAUCCGAGCGGUUCAGAAAGACGAGGAACUCACAGUUGCCUACGGUUACGACCAUGAGCCUUCUGGGAAAACAGGUCCGGAGGCUCCUGACUGGUACAAACAGGAGCUACACGAGUUUCAGGAAAGAGAAGCUGAAAGAAGAGCCAAGGACUCUUGUUAACCCCACUCCUUUCUAAAAUAAAAGAAUAGUAAAAAUUUUGCAUAAUGCCAAGCAACACCUAAAUCAGCCUCUUUUAUUGUCUUGCUGUUAGUUAACGAGUGUGUAUUUAAUACUUUUGUCAGUAUCCUGUUAACCUGCUCUCUACUCUACAUCGUUCUCUUUGGAUUGAAGGCAAAGCUCUUGGCUUCUGCAGACUCUUGACUUAAAUUAUGAAGGUGCUACGAUAUGUACAGAUCACAACAGCUGUAUAGAGUGACUAAAGCACAGCAUGAUGGUGAAUUAGCUCUGUCACUCGUCAUGAAGUGAGAACUAUGCACUACAGAACACAGCAGGUGUUCAUUGCUGCUACGCUAGCCUUUACAAGCACCGGCAAUGCAGUCCAUCAGUAUGUAAUAAAACUCCCAUAUCUAUCGCUAAAUGACUUUCUUGCAGUGCGUUGUCUCUUCAGUCUAGCUAUGAUGAGUUAACCUUGAUUGUAGUUGUGUUUCCAAGAACAGUAUUAGAACUGCUCAUGUACUGUAAAGGUUUCAUUUUUGCCCUUUGUUUUAAACCUUUAAGGAGAAAAGUAUAAAAGUGCGAUUAUGUUUGUGUGUGUGAGAGUGAAAGAGAGACUGGAAUGAGUAGCAGAUCACAAAAGAAGAAAUGAAUUCAGGUCUUUGAUACAGUAUGCAGUAUCUCUAAUCCAGGAUUUAUCAAUAAAACAUUAAAACAUGA